AUGAGAAAGCCAAUAGAUGGGUCUGCUAGCUUUCUAGGGAGCUCUAGUGGGAUUCACUUCAUACGGACUGUCUAUAAUGCUUUUGCCCGUCGCUCUGCAGAUUUGAACCAGGCCAAAGUGCGAAACGAGAAUCUUGUUCCCGGGGAAGAUGACCAGCUGCACAGUAACCAUGAUGUGAAUAAGAUAAACAGCGAGCUCUGGGCCAAGGAUGAGCUUGAUCCUACCUUUAGGGGCCCUCCUUCUUUUGAGAAACUUGUUCAGUGGACGAAGAGCUAUUUUGAGACCUGGCACCCAAUGUUUCCCUUCCUGCAUGCCCCGACUGUCCUGCAUCUUCUCGAAAAGGUCAGUCACAAUGGCCUUGCAGGUAUCAGCCGGACUGACAAAAUCAUCAUCCGAUCAAUUGUCUCUAUUUCCUUGGUAGAUAGAAGGCAGAUGGAUACUCCCGGAGAGGCCGUACCGUCAAACCUGAUGUUCUGGACGGUAGGCCAAGCGAUGGACAGUCUACAAAUUUUAUUCAGCGAACCGACUACAAUCCAGCUCUUACAGGCCGCGUUCAGUGUGGAGCUAUUUCUUGCAUCAUUGCUACGUCUUAACGCUGCGUCGCGAAUUGGGGGUGUCAUUACUCGCAACGCCUUCCAUCUUGGGCUUCAUCGUUGCCCUGCACGCUUUUCGUGCUUCAGCCAGGAAGAUAUAGCUAUUAGACGUCGCCUUUUCUGGUCUAUAUACUGUCUCGAGCGAUAUCUUUCACAAGCAUUGGGAGUUCCGCUUAGCAUCAAAGAUGACGACAUUGACGUGUGUUAUCCCGGGGCUGAAAGACAUCAGCAGGAAGGUUGUACAGUAGCUGGCGAUGACAAUCGACUACGUCUCCUCCAACAUCUGGCAAAGUUUGCCAAGGUCCGGGGUCUUAUCCUGGAACUCCGCAAUAAAUCGAUAUUCCACAGCCAAGACAACCCCACGGGGGCCACGCAGGUCAAUGGAUCACUGGCACACUGGUGGAACGAGGUAUACGACGAUGUUUACCCUGUUGGUUUCGAAGACGCAGACACACGGGAGGCACUGAGCCCAUUCCAUCGUUUAGUGUUGAUUGUCCUUCGGCAUGAGUCCAUAAUUUCAAUGAAUCGGCCUCUUUUAGCCACAGAGGGGUCUACGCCUGAGUCUGAAACCGCGUUGCAAAUAUGCAUCGAGUCUUCGAGGUCACUUAUUACCGCUCUAACAGGAUAUAUGACUUCUGGGCCCACAAAAUCGCAACCAAAUGACUCUGCGCAACUUAUCCCCUUGGUCUGGCCCUCCUUCACUUGGGCCGUCUGGAUGGCUUGUUUAAUUCUGAUGUACGCUGCUUGGGAGCGGGAAUUUCCCGUAAACGCAGCUUUAAGAUAUGCCAAGUUAGGCUUGUCUAUACUAGAGAACCUCUCAUUGCGCGGAAGUAGCUGGCCAAAAACAUGUAUCGAAGCAAUUCGGGACCUCGAGUCUGCUCUUUCCAAAACCGUGGCUGAACUGGAUCCGGCAAUUAGAUAUCCAACAGCCAUGGUUUCCUCUAUCAAGGACUUUUCUAACGCCACUGGCAAUCGCGACAUCCCGUCCGAUCGGCCAGCCUUGGAUCGUCCACCUCCGGUUUCUUCCGGUGACCACGGUCAAGGACAGAGCACAACAUUCGAAACAGCAAAUCUACACACGCACAGACUUGAUCCAGGAACAAUGUCUGUUACAGACGGGCAAAUAAAUAGUCACAUUAGCCAUGGUAUCGCUUUACCAGACGCAGCACUGGACAGCAAUUGGAACGGGUAUAAUUCAGCCGGGCUGAUCUUCGGGGACAGUUCCGGGUUCUCAUCUUACCCCGGCUUUCCCGGACAGGAAGGAUUGUCGGGGGUUGAUUUGGAAAGCAUAUUUACGAGCGAUGUAUGGAGCGUGGCUGAUGGCCCGUGGCUGCUUCACGAAAAUGGCCUAUGA